GUCCCAUGCUGCAUCAUGCCUAGCAGGGAAGCACGAUUCCCGGUUGUACAACCGUGCCCGCUUGCGUGCAGGUUCUACAUCUGCUGCGACCAGUGCCAAGACUGGUUCCACGGCCGGUGCGUAGGGGUGCUGCAGAGCGAGGCGGACUCCAUCGAGGAGUACAUCUGCCCCACGUGUCAGCGCAACAGCAACAUCAACCAGGCCAACCUGAAGCCCUUGCAGCCAAAGGACUUUGACAACCUGCGCAAGCUGCUCAAGAGCCUUCAGACGCACAAGAUGGCCUGGCCUUUCUUAGAACCUGUCGAUGCAAAGGAGGCACCUGACUACUACACAAUCAUAAAAGAACCUAUGGACCUGCAGACCAUCGAGCGACGGUUGCAGACUCGCCACUACGAGAAGCUGAGCGAAUUCAUCGGCGACAUGACCAAGAUAUUCGACAACUGCCGCUACUACAACCCGCGCAACUCGCCCUUCUACCAGUGCGCCGAGGUGCUCGAGGCGUUUUUCGUCCACAAGAUCAAGGUGUUCCGCGAGAGCAUCGCGUGGUGACCCGAAGGCGUAGGAGACACCGCGGAGUACUCUCCUCCCCGCCACUGAAAGAAGGCGCGCAUUGUGACGACGCACACCGAACUGCGUACUACAGUGAACGUGAACGCUUAUCGCGCGCUGGCGCUGUCGACUAACGUAACGCGCGCCGUCGGACUCGUACGUGCGCCGGCCGUGUCGCUUUGCAUACAGACAAGGCCAGGCUCCGUGGAGCUGUGCGUGUGUGGAGCUGUUCGUCGAGGUUCGGACAAUGAUGAAGAUGGCAGGCAUCAUGUUGACUGUGUCACCGUUCUGCCUCGACGCUACAGCAUCUAAGUGUCGAAUCAUCACUUGGACUUCGGGCGAUGGAAAAAAAAAAAAGUUUGUACAUAGUGUAGAGGGAGAUUUCUCUUCAUUGCCAUAGCAGCCUCAUUAAUACAGCGCGCACCACCAACACCAUUCUUUUUCGUUUGUUUAUUCCUUUUGUGCUGUUUACCUCCACACGUUUUUGUAGAGCCACGCUCGAAGCGCUGUUCUUUUGGCAGCAGCGUGUCUCUCAAAUUUCUAUUUCUUGCGCGUUGCAAGUGCAAAAUCAUGACCGGUAGACUUUUUUUUUUUUUUUUUUGAUGUGCAUUUCAUCCCCCCCCCCCCCCAAACUUUUCAUGAAAUUUGUUUUUAAAGUGUGAAUAAGGGACGACAGCUGAUGAAAUUAUGUAUUAAUAUGUACAGGUUAAGGGGGGGGGGGGGGUAUGCAAGUGGUUUUGUAAAACGGCGCCGAACGUUUUCAUGUGUCACUGCUGGCCUUGUUUAUUCUCUACUGAAACAUGACAAAGACGUAGACUUCAGUUUUUUGUGUCUAUGUGCAUGCGUGCCAGUGUGUGUGUAUUUAGUUGCAAAUUGUCUAUGCAUUUUUUGAGAUGAAUGCCCGAAGCUUGCGUCGGAGACUGGAAACAUGCAUGUUACCUUGGACUCGCUUUGCAAAGCUUUGUUUUUAAUUCUUUCAAGCAUUGUACAUUGUGGUCAGCAGUAAAUAUUUAUUCCGUUAAAAGAACAAGUCUGGAUGCAGGCAAGGUGUUGCGGCCAGUGACAAAGAAGAAAAGGAAAAAUGCGUUGGAAAACGACCUUUGCCGUUAUUUCUUCAGAAAAUCAAAAGGUCGUGGCCCACGAAACUGUUAUAAUGGUCAACUCAUGGGUGGGACAGCGAAAUUGUAUUAGUCACUUUGGGCGACAUACCAAAAGACGGCGUCCAGUACAAAAACUGCACAGUAGCUUUUGUUUAGAGCUCAUGCCUGCUUGCACGACGCUCAUUUGAAUUUUUUUUUAAUUGCUUGUGCCAUCUAGUUACAUGUAUAAAAUACGUGAAGAAAGAAACCUCAAAACUAUUUCAUUGAGUGCUGUGCUUUUAGAAAAGAAAAAAAAUUUGAGGAGUCAAACUCCUUUAACACCAAUGUACUAUCACCACAAAUUCAAAUGCAAACAAGUCACAAAACAAUGCUUUUUUUUUUAAAGGUUUGUGACAAGGAAAUCUUAAUGGACGGCAUAAAGACAAAGGCCUAGUUUCUGAUAGUUUAGGUACAAAGCAGCCUCUGCACGAAGUUUUACAUUUGAAAUAUAAGCGGAUGUGUCGCAAAAGGAUUGCAAAAAUUAUAUUUUCGAUACUUAAACACAGAUGACACCAUUGCCACUCAGUAGAAGUGACAGAACUCGAAACCUUGAGAACUAGGUUUCCUAGGUUGGACAGCAAUAUCGACACAUAUGCCUGCAUAUGGGAUCGGCGUCACAUUUUCUUACCACCAGGUGCACAUGUCGGCUGAUACGGGGCGAUGCGAGAUAUAAUUUAAAAAUGAGGCGAUUGCCAACCCUGCCGCGUUGCAAAGAUUAUUUCACCUGGAUAUGCUACUUGCAGCCCAUUGAGCUAGAGUGAAAAGAUUUAGUUGCAGGCAACCUUUUAAUUCAGGCUCCAAAACAAAGCCUGGAAAAAAAAAAGCUACACAGGCCAAAUAAAUGUCGCACACCCAUGUAAUUACGCCGUUCUGAUAGGGUUUCUUUCCUGUUUGCAUUUCAAUUUAUGGUGAUGCUACCAACCAAAGUGCAUCUGUACGUUCACAGCAAAGCAGCCAGCAACAUUUAACUACCACCUCUUCUGAAGAAGCAAAUGGAUUGGGGCAUGUCUGCCAAUAACGUGGCCGAAUCAAAAAGCCGGUUUCCGGACCUGGAGUGUCAUUUUUUUUUCUUUCUUUUUGUGUUCUCUGGCAACAUACAUUCGUGUUUUCUGGAGCACCAAAGCGCCCUGUACAUAACCAUUACCAUUGUCUCUCACCACCUGCUUGCCCUCCCAACAACAUUUGCAACCACGUCUGCACAGGUGCGCCGAGCGAUUCGCCGCCGCUGCCGCCGGCUUUUGUUUAUAAUGGAGUCCUAAAAGCAGUGACAAAUGAUGCUUGCUCGUUGCUUUCUGCACACAACGCCGGCGUGGCCUUUUUUGGGCCGCACCGGCACUUUUUAACCAUUUCUGCACUCGAAUGGGUAAGAGGGGGGAACAUAUGAUGCGUCACACAUGGGAGUGUACGAACGUACAUGUUGCAAAAAUGGUUAAAAUAAAGAUGACAAAAAAGGCGACUCUGCUACUACGUUGCGAGAUGUGUAACAUUGUAAACAUGUUAUUUGUAUGAAAAACAACAAAAAAUAAAUUAUAUCGAGCAAGAA